AAAAAAGCUCUAAAUACCUUCUCCCGCCCCUGCUUCAGUUGACUGUACAAUUCCAGAAUCCUAAAGCAGCGAGUGGAGAAACCUAAUGUGCGGAAGAGCUCGUUGUACACUCAGGCCUGAUGAUUUCCACCGGUCCUGCCAUCUCAAUGGUCGGCCUGUUCGUCACGUCAAUAUGGAACGUUUCAAAGCUAUUGAUUUGGGUAAAUUACAACGAGUAUUUAAAUCUAACAGGUACCGGCCGUCGAAUAAUGUGGCGCCGGGUUUCAACGUGCCGGUGGUUCGGAGGGAGGACGGAGGGGAUUGCAACGGUGCUGUAGUUCACUGCAUGAAAUGGGGGCUGAUUCCGAGUUUCACUAAGAAAUCUGAAAAGCCCGAUCACUUCAGGAUGUUCAAUGCACGAUCUGAAUCAAUUAGAGAAAAGGCUUCUUUUCGUCGUCUGGUUCCUAACAACAGGUGUCUGGUGGCUUUUGAAGGAUUUUAUGAAUGGAAAAAAGAUGGGUCUAGAAAGCAACCUUACUACAUACAUUUUAAGGAUGGUCGUCCCCUUGUCUUUGCUGCUCUAUUUGACUCUUGGAAAAAUCCAGAAGGAGAAGUCCUGUAUACCUUCACUAUCGUGACGACUUCUUCAUCAUCAGCUUUGGAAUGGCUCCAUGAUAGGAUGCCUGUUAUCUUGGGUAACAAGGAUUCAACUGAUAGGUGGCUGAAUGAUUCUUCAUUGCCAAAUCUUGAUACAAUACUCAAACCAUAUGAAGAGACAGAUUUGGCCUGGUAUCCAGUGACACCUGCAAUGGGUAAGCUUUCAUUUGACGGACCAGAGUGCAUUAAGGAGAUACCGGUAAAGACAGAGGAGACCAGACCGAUCUCCCAAUUUUUCUCGAAGGGAGAAAAUCGUGGACUUGAGCCAAAACUCGAAAACCCCACACUAAAAGAUGAGCCCGUUGUAAUCAAUCAGCAGAAAGACACAAAAGAGGAACCUGAAAGUCAAGACAGCGACCAUCCAUCUACCACCAACAAAGAUGAUUAUGACAUCAAACCAAAACUCAAAAGCCCCUCAACAAAAGACGAGCACAUUAAAAUAAAUCAGCAGAAAGGCACCAAAGAUGAACCUGAAACUCAACACAAAUACCAUCAGUCUAUUUCAAACGAAGAUGAUUAUGAUAUCAAAACAGAUGUUACUCAGGUGUCUGUGGAAGGGGUUGCGCAGAUUCCGGGGAAGCGAAACUAUGAGGAGCUUUCUUCAGAUGCUAAGCCAAUUGCUAGAGAAACUGACAGGUUAAGUGCAAGUUCGGUAAGAAAGAAAAGCAAGAGUGCCGAUGAUAAACAGCCAACGCUGCUUUCUUACUUCAGAAAAACCCAGUAACUUGUCCCUACAGGAUCAUAUCUAUGGUUUUGCUGAAAUAGCUGUAAUUUCCAUCAAAGUACCAAAGCUGAAAGGAAGGGGAUUUUCGUCCAGCUCCCACUUGUUUCACCCUGUUUAUGCAAUUUGUGUGUAGGUCUGGCUUUUCUGCUGGUACUCUUUUCCUGUUGACUGGUAGCACCAAUGUCGUAUAGUAUUAGAUUAGUUAAUUUCUGGAAGUUUCAAGAAUAACUUGGUCGUGUAAAUUAUUGCAAUUUGAUGCUAGAAACUUUUGGUCUCAGCAUUCAAGCGUCAUAAUCAAUUGAUGGUUCCAGGACUUUUUGACUAA